AUGUUCAAUUCAAGUCAGAAUGUUCAGAUUCACGACUCCAACCUGUCCGCAGAUGUGUUAAAUCUCAACCCGCUGUCCACGCUCACGCACAGUGCGAAAGGGUUCGAUUUUCUCCAGAGCAUGGUGUGUCCCAAUGCCUUUCACGACUCAGACGACCGCCCCGACCCGCCCAAAUGCCACGAGAACACACGUGUUGCCAUUAUCGCCAAGAUCAUCGAUUGGAUAGAGGGAAGGAUCGACACCGAUGCCCUGAUCUUCUGGCUGUUUGGCCCAGCGGGGUCGGGAAAGUCCGCCAUCGCACGUACUCUAGCUGAACUGUGUGAAGCUCGUGGUCUCCUGCUCGCCAGCUUCUUCUUCUUCCGCAGCGACCCAGGGCGAAACACCACCAAGUCUCUCAUCGCGAGCAUUGCCUACUCUGUCGCCCUUACCAUCCCUCCAUCUCGUGCCCUCAUCGAGAGCGCAGUGGAGACUAAUCCCCUCAUUUUCCGAUAUUCUCUCGAUAUCCAAUUCACGAAGCUCGUUAUUGAGCCUCUCCGGCAGCUCAUGGACUCGAAUGUGUUUUCGCAGAUCCCGUUCCCCACCCUGAUCAUCAUUGAUGGACUGGAUGAGUGCGUCGCCCCGAAACAACAGUCCAACGUCCUCACCACUCUCACGCGCUGCGCAUCCCGAAGCGGCUUGCCUCUCAAGUUCCUCAUUGCGAGCCGUCCAGAGCAAGGCAUCAAAUUCUCUUUUGACAAGGUCCGGCCCCGCUCUAUGAUCACUUCACUUGAGCUAGAUUACGACUACUGUACACGGGAAGACAUUAAAACGUUCUUGUAUGACAAGUUCUCCGAAAUCACCCAGUCUCAUCCGUUUCGCUCACUCCUUUCGCCUUCGUGGCCAUCGCAGCCCCAAUUGCACGCCCUCGUCGACAAGUCGUCUGGCCAGUUUAUAUAUGUCUCUCUUGUUAUACGGCACAUCGACUCUCCCUUCCAUUUACCAUCAGAUCGGUUGGAUGCUGUGCUCGAACUUCGGCCCCCAGAAAAGGAUCUUCCUUUCACGGAGCUCGACGCCCUGUACACUCAUAUUCUUACGGGCGUUACUGAUCUUCCAACAGUACUAGAGAUAUUUGGAAUGAAAUUCGCCAUACAAUUUUAUCCGGGGCCGGACAAUGGCUGCGGAGAUAUAGAGAUGAUCGAAACAAUCAUGGGACUUCGUGCAGGGGACGUGUCCAUUGUGCUCAGCGGACUGAGUUCCCUCCUGAAAUGCCGAGAUGGCUACAUCACGAUCCACCACUCGUCACUUCUCGAUUUCUUGCAGAAUGAGAGGAGGUCACAAAGAUUCUUCAUUGACGUUCAGGAGGUGCAUACCAAGAUUGCCCACUGGGUUCUGCGGUCACUUCAGCUCCCAGAUUAUGCGCAGCGCCCGUAUCGUGUAAUAUUCUGUGUCGGCAUGGCAUGGCAGCUUAAAAAUGCCAACAUCACAACAGAACUUGAAGAUGACCUACGGAGUUUCGACCCCAUCCAAUACACUUCAUCCCCGGAGUUCUCUUCUUGGGAUUAUGGCGAUAUUCUAUGCCAAUUCCGGCGAGAUUUUUUAGUUCCGUUACAAGACCAGGAAGCACAGUACCUGUACCUUUAUUAUCAUGAAAUGCUCAGCACAAUGGUGGAGAGCUGGACACGACAAAUGUUCCACUCCCCAUCGAAAUAUUCCCUACUAACAGCAUGCUUCUUCCUCAUACGCAACGGAUCGAGGUCUGAGAUCAGUCUUACCGAUUUCGCUAAUCGCCAUUUCACUGGCUUUACCGUGUUCACAUCCCGGGGAUUGACCUGGCCUCUGUUCUGCAGCUUGGUCUUCGGCUUCGACCCGGACGACGAAGUGCACAAGACCUUUGACAUUAACGAGACCCGGGCUGGUGCUGCCUCGGAACUCAUGCCACUGUCGUCACAUCUAAGAUUGGUUUGUGGAAUUCCCGAGACGACAAAAUCUCUGCUCCCUGACCACAUGAACACUGGACACAUCAUCCGCGUCGCCCUGGCGUGCCUCCGUUACCUCCAUCGCAAUCCACCAAGGACUCGCCGGCGCCAAUUCAGGUUUCUCCAUCUCUGGGCCCGAAGAUCAACCCGUUCUCCUUGGACAACGAAGCGACGGACACAAGCGCUAUUGGGUCUUGGUGCGAUGCGCCAGCAGUAUGGCCUCCGACUGAUUCACCAGUGCUGGAAGCCACGGCUCAUGGAAGCAGAGCAUUUCUCCGAUAGAACACCAGCACAAAAAUUGCGCGUUCAGCAUCGUGCAUGGUACAGGAACGCUGGUGCCUUCUAUGCCAAAGAAUACCAAGCAGUACAGUGGUCAUUUACUCUACUUCGGCGAGCUAUUAUGCUGGCGACCGAAUCUGAAGAGUUGACCGCAGCGCUUUCGAAGUCCUUGGCACCUUACGAACUCUUCUUUCCUCGGUUCACGAAGCAUGUCAAGAAUGCAAGGAACAUUUACCUACAAAAGAUCGCAUCAACACCUCGGUCGAAAGAUGUUCUCGGAGAGCUCAUGCUGAAGGAGCCUGAAAUGUCGGAGAGCGGUGUUGAGGACGCCUCCUCAUCGAAUAGCGAGUCUAGUGAAGAAGGGUACACGACGUGCCCUGAUUAG